AUGUCUGAAAAGCAGUCACAAGUACUCUCGCUGCCGGCGUUGAGUCUAAAAGACGAGUUACAGGUUCCUUUCUCGACCUCUCCUUAUUCCAUACAGCUAUUCAGUCAUUAUAGACAGCUUCUCACAUCUACAAGAGAAGUCAUAAUAUUAGUUGGAUCCUCUGUUUCAAAGAAAUUGGCUUUUGAAGAAGAUAUCGUGACUGCAACAUUUACGUCGUUCAACAGCCCAGAUCGAGAAGCAAGCAAUUCAUCAGCCGAAUGUCUUGUAGUUUGUUUCCGUAAAGCAGCCAAUAUCUACUAUUCCGAUGGCAGAAAUUAUGUAGUCAGUUUUCCAUUUGCUGUCAAGAAUGCUUUCCCAUUUGAGUCAGGGCUUGUUUUAGAAAGAGAUGUCAAUCUGGCCGAAUUGAGCAAUACCCAAGAAAGUAUACAAUUGUCUCAGUUGGGAGGGGCAAAAUUCCUUACUUUGGUAGAUCCAAUAGGCGAUUUCCGGAUUAUAGCCACUUCGUCCACAUCAAUUGUGUCGCCGAAUGAAGUUUUACUCUCUUUUCCUAGACAAGGGUUGAACAAGACAUCGUCUUUAUGUGCUACAUUUAAUCCUCAAGAGAGAAACGUCAUAAUCUACAGUAUACGAGCGUCACAUAGAGGUACGAAGAUAUUAGAUUCAGGUACAAAGUAUCUGCGAAGGAACUACUCCUUGCUUUCUACACCCAAUCCUUCCAGAGUAUUAGAAGAAGAAGGACACUUUGAUGCCUCUGUAGGAUCAUCUGGGGUUAAUCAAAACGUAUUGUCGUUGAAUAUGGAGAAAAAAAGAACGAGUACUCUAUUAGCAGACAUAUCGUCUAUUGCUAGAAUGGGAACAGAGAACAACUUUCCCGAUAAUACAAAACGUAAGUCACAUGUAGCACAUGAAGUACCCAUUUUGAGACGAGAUAUGAUAUUGACUAGAACUGAUGUGCUUCCUACAAAUACAGAUAAAGCUCAUAUGCAAGUUUUUGGCAUAAACUUUGAAGAGCAAGAAGCCAUAGUAGUGGUUAAUAAAUUGAAGAAAGAAGCACGGGUAUACUUGUACAAGCAUCAUUCCAAUCAUUUCCACCAUUGCUAUCAGAUAACUUGUAAAGAAUGUAUUCCUCUAAACAGUCGAAAAAUGGAGGGAUUUGUUAUUGCAUUAAAAGAAGAUGGCUCCAUCAUUCUCGUCAAUCCAUUUGUUGAUGUAUCUUCUCAAAAGAUAUACUUGAAACUGAAGUUCCCCAAUGUCGAUGGUUUACAGAGCUCUUUCGAAGAAAACUUGGCCAUUAAAUAUAAGGAUGGCAAUGUGGGUACGAUCAGAUUAUUGCUUCAACCAAACAACGAAUUUGUAGCCAAUUGUUUGCAUUCUUUUAAAUACUUGUCAGGGUCUAAAGUAACAGAGACCAUCUGGAUGCUAUGGAGGUCUGCACUUGCAUUAGAUGAGUCCAAGGAUGAAUGGAAUGCCUUGGUAAUCGCAUUACUUACCCUAUUUUUCCCAUUUCAAGAUGGAAUUGAACAAUGUACCCCUAACGAGAUCACUAAUCUAUUACCAUCAGCAAAGAGGUUACUGGAAUGUCUUGAUUCAAAAGUCAACUACGGCGACCUUGCUUCAUAUAUUGCAUUAUCAUUGCAUCUACUUCGCGAAGAGGCAAGAUUAGAUUGUACAAGCAAGUCAUGUUUGAAUAAACUUGGAGUCCUCCUAGCACAAUUCACAGUUUGGAUGGGUUGGCCAGAAUCCUGGACGAAGUACUAUUUAAUUGACUUCAGCAGUAUAGAUAAAUCGGUCAGAUUUCUUCUGUUGCUAAUGCUAGAUUCAGCUCCAAAUCUUUUUGAAUCUCUAGCCAGUUUGUUCACAGGUAAGAUUAUAAGAUACCUAACGUUUUCACAAUUGCUGGAGGAGAGUGAUUCAGUGGACUCCCUUAUAACUCCUAGAACGCAUUGCAUUCUAAAGCUUUUCGAAAUACUCGUGUCACCAAAUUUUGGACCCACGGCAGUGGUCGACAUGAUGUGUGAAUAUGGAAUAACGAGAGGAGAGCUAGAAACCUAUCCUCCUGGAAUCAGCAUUCUCCUCAAAGAGGCCAUCCUGCUUUGCCAGGAAAAUCCAUCAUUUGCAUGGACAAACAAGACCUUGGAGUUGGUAGGCAGAAAGGACCUUACUAUGUUCUUAUCCAGAAACUCCAAUCCACGAAGUUUUACAGGGUCGAAAGUUGAGGUGAAAAGUAUUAGCUCUAUUCUCUCAAAUGUCCUUACAAAGUAUGAAUCGAUAUCGCCUUGGGAUGGACAGUCAGAGGCUGAUAGAAUUGGCUUAACAAAGUUAAUCUUUGACUACGAUAGAAGAUAUUAUGAGAUUACUACACUUUUGCAUCAAACCAAGACGCAAACGGCAACUUUACUUGCUGAGGAAGGUAUCAGUGAAUAUGAUUUGGUUCUUCAACAAAGAAAUUUAGCUGCUCUCGUGGCAUUAAGAACUCUUACAAUACCCUUGGGAAGGGCAGCAUUAUUCUACGCUGGUCGUAAACCAUUGCUAACUGAGAAGUUUCCCGUGCCCAAGUUCAACCUAAACACUUUGAUCGCCCCCACUAUGACUAAUAUCAUUCUUUCCGAUGGAUCCAUACCUGCUAAGAUUUCAGAAUGGGGGUACUUCCAUAACGGCGUUUCUUCUGGUUUAAGUAUUAGUAGAGAAGCUAAGGGUAUUACGGGAAGUUGGAUCAUUUUUAACAAACCACCCGAAUUGAAUACUCAACAUGCAGGCUUCUUAUUAGGACUAGGAUUGAAUGGCCAUCUAAAGAAGCUAGAGGAAUGGCACAUUUACAACUAUCUUGGUCCUAAACAUCCUCUCACAAGUGUUGGCUUGUUGAUUGGUAUGGCAGCUAGUAUAAGAGGAUCCAUGGAUAAUAAAUUAACCAAGGUAUUGUCUGUUCACGCUGUGGCUUUGCUUCCACAGGGUGCAAAUGACUUAAAUGUUCCAAUUAUGGUGCAAACUGCUGGUUUAAUCGGGAUAGGUUUACUUUAUCUUGAGAGUCAACAUCGCCGUAUGAGUGAAAUUCUACUCUCCCAGAUUACAAGUUCUGUGUCCCAGAAUGAUACAGAACAAAUUCAUGAAGGGUACAGAUUGGCUGCUGGUAUUUCUCUUGGUUUGGUCAAUUUAGGAAAAGGAAAUGAUUUAAGUGGGCUCAAUGAUACUCAUGUUGUUGACAGAUUAUCUUCACUUGCUACGUCCAUGAAAGACUAUCAACCAGUACAAGAACUUGACAAGUCAUGUUGUGGAGCAAUUAUGGCUCUCGGUUUCAUCUAUAUCAAGACCGAGAAUGCUACUGUUGCCAAUAAGCUAAAAGUUCCUAAUACUGAACAAAUGCUAGAUUAUAUUCGACCUGAUUUGCUAUUGCUUCGAAGCAUCGCUAAGAAUCUAAUUCUUUGGAAUGAUAUUGGAAAAUCGGUUGAAUGGGUACAAUCUGAAGUGCCAUCAGUCCUUUUCGAAAAGUAUGGUAAAGGUCAUAUUCAAGUUCUUGAUAGUGACCAAUUGGGAUUUUUCAAUAUCUUGGGGGGUUCAUGUCUUUCAAUGGCAGUGAAGUAUGCUUCCAGUCAUGACAGCACUGUCAGAAACACUUUGUUGCAUUAUUUGGACUUGAUGAUGAGGAUUUCGUCGUUCAACACUAAUAAUUAUGACCAAAAGAUUGCUCAUCAAUGCGCCGGAAAAAUCAGGAACUUGAUUGCAUUAUCACUUUCGGUUGUAAUGGCAGGAAGUGGAGACUUAGAAACUUUCAGAAGAUUAAGAAUAUUACACGACGAUACUAAUAAGGAGAUGGGAUAUGGAAACUAUAUGGCUAUUAACACCGCAUUGGGGUUCUUGUUCCUCGGUGGUGGCCAAUAUGCCUUUGGCAAUUCUAAUUUUGCAAUUGCAUGCUUGAUAACCUCUUUGUAUCCAAUCUAUCCAAAUGAAAACAGCGAAGUCGAUGUACAUCUUCAGGCCUUGCGACACUUCUGGGCUUUGUCGGUAGAACCUCGAUGCUUGAUUAUCCGUGAUGUCAAUUCACACAAUCCUCUCAAGAUUCCCGUUUCAAUUCUGCUCAAGAAUGGUGAAGUGAAAGAGGCAUUAUCGCCAUGUUUGUUGCCUCCUCUUGACGAAAUCUUGACCAUUCAAACGCGGUCGCGGGAUUACUUCAAUGCACAGAUCGACUUUGAGUUGAAUUCUGAAUACUUGGAAAUAUUUAAGAAGUCGCUUACGGUUUUUGUCUACAAGAGAAGAAACUUUAAGUUGCUAUCACCGUCCAUUGGGUCGUUGAUCAAAAAUGAAAACAAGUCGUUACAAAUUGAAAACGGAGAAAUCAAGAUCAGUGAAGAUGUGUCUACGUUGCUUAAGUUGGAAGCUAUGGGUCAUAUCGAUGACUACGAGAAACAGGUGUUACUCUACGAGUGCAGUGAGAAUGACGAUUCUCAUGCCUACAGCACCGAGCUUUCAAUCUUCAAUAUCAUUGACAAUAAGAUCGAUUUAGCCCGAAUGGCCAAUUCGCCCCAGUCGAUGGAAGAUCUCUGGAACUUGAAGCUUUUGUUUUCGUAUUCUGACAGACUCAUGAACAGCGAACUACACUAUGUUUCGGUGGAGUUUAUUGACCAAUUGAAGCAAGAGGUGUGGGCAAUUUCCUAA